CCAUUCCCACCUGGAGCCUCCCGGUGCCACUCCGAGCUCAGCUAAUAAUUAACCCCAAGAAAAGCACCUCGGGGUAACACCGACAGAUGGCUCUGAUUGGAAUCGCUGUGUUAAUAAUUCCUGUUCCUUUGCUGGUCCAGCUGGCCCUGCUGAAGAUGAGGGUGGUGCUCCUGCUGCUCCUGGUGUCCGUGGGGAACGUCGGAGCGGAGCUGGAGAAGGGCCCCCCCAGGCGCCUGUCGUGCGUGCGCUGCUGCGGCCCCUCGGAGCAGCCCGUGUCCAUCCUCUCCUCCAGGCACACCAGGAUGAGCAGCAGCCCCUACUCUGUGCCCAAAGUCCAGCCCACCAUAGACAUCACCAUCCUCAAAGGGGAGAAGGGCGAGAUGGGAGAGAAAGGGUUCCCUGGAGCAGCUGGCAAGGCUGGAGAGAGAGGAUUACGCGGCCUGAACGGCAGGAAGGGCCAGAAAGGGCAGCCAGGCCCUCAGGGCCACUCCUGCAAGCAGCUCUUCGCCGCCUUCUCGGUGGGCCGGAGGAAACCCCUGCACAGCUCCGACUACUUCCAGCUCGUCACCUUCGACACUGAGUUCGUGAACCUCUACCAGCACUUCAACAUGUUCACGGGGAAGUUCUUCUGCUACGUGCCGGGGGUCUACUACUUCAGCCUCAACGUGCACACGUGGAACUACAAGGAGACCUACGUGCACGUGAUGAGGAACGAGCGGGAGGAGGCCAUCCUAUACGCCCAGCCCAGCGAGCGCAGCAUCAUGCAGAGCCAGAGCCUCAUGCUGGACCUGCAGGAGGGCGACGAGGUCUGGGUCAGGAUGUUCAAGAGGGAGAGGGAAAACGCCAUUUACAGCGAGGAGUCUGAUGUUUACAUCAUCUUCAACGGGCACCUCAUCAAACCGGCCCUGGAGUAGCCGCUCGCCGGCUCCGGGCGCGAGGCUUUGGUAGAUGCAGUAGAGUCUUCCCUCGUAGAAGUGCACACCUAGUUCCACUUGGAAGGGUUAUAGAUCUGUAAGGGUUGUCUGUCCAUGCCCAGUGAGGAUGGAGGUGACUGUUCCAAGCUGCACAAGCACCCACAAGGCUUCAACUCCAGCUCUGCAACCCUGUGUAGACCCCCAGUAACAUCCCCACCAAGCUGGCAGCAAGAGUUUAACUCCUUUGCUCUCCUUUAGACAAGAAAUUUUAAUUAUACCUAAGGACCAGUUAUAUGGGUGCUAAAUAAGGAAUGUCAUUCUUCCUGCUAUUUGGGAAUCUUUAAACUGUCCAGGAAGGAUUAUAGAUCUAUAAGGGUUGUCUGUCCAUGUCCAGUGAGGGUGGAGGUGCCUGUUCCAAGGUGCUACGAGCUGCACAAGCACCCACAAGGCUUCAACUCCAGCUCUGCAACCCU